CGUCACCUCUAGCGUCAUCAGUCAGCGUGGGUCUCCCGAGCGAUUCACCUACAGUUCAGCAUUUUCAAAGUGCUUUACCAAUAAAUGCUGGAAUGUUCCCAUUAGCCUAAAAGUGAAGAAGAUUAAGUUUGUGUGAGAAAAUUGAAAACAUGAAUGAUCCAGAGCCCUGCAGAAUAAAACAGGAAGAUAUUGAACAACAAAUAGACCUAAAAGAAGAGAACAAGGAGGUUGAAACAGGGGAGAAACAUCAGGUCAAAACUGAAGAUCUAUCCUGGAGCUCCUCACUGAAAAAUGACAUUUUAUGUUUCACUUGCUUUCACUGUGGAAAGGGUUUCUCAUGCGAGCGGAAUCUUGAGAUUGAGAUAAUAUUUCAUUUUGGAGGGAAGCCUUAUGCAUGUGAUGAGUGCGAGAAGAUUUUUACAAUAAACGGAAACCUUAUUGAACACAUAAAAAGUCAUACCGCAGAGAAGCCACACAAAUGUGAUCAAUGUGGGAAGAGUUUUGCACAAAAAGGUAACCUUAGUGUACACAAGAAAAUCCACACUGGAGAGAAACCAUAUGCAUGUGACCAAUGUGGGAAGUGUUUCAUACAAAAAGUACCUUUUAAUGAUCACAUGAAAAUCCACACUGGAGAGAAGCUGCACACAUGUGAUCAGUGUGGGAAGAGAUUUUCACAAAAAAGAAACCUUAGUGAACACAUGAAAGUCCACACUGGGGAGAGGCCGUUCACAUGUGAUCAGUGUGGGAAGAGAUUCACACAUAAAGGUAACCUUAAUGAACACAUCAAAAUCCACACUGGAGAGAAGCCAUAUGCAUGUGAUCAGUGCGGGAAGUGUUUCAUACAUAAAACAAACCUUAACGAACACAUGACAAUUCACACGGGAGAGAAACCGCACAUCUGUGCUCAAUGUGGGAAGAGUUACGCACAAAAAGGAGGCCUUAGAGAACACAUGAAAAUCCACAGUGGACAAAAGCCACACACAUGUGAUCAAUGUGGGAAGAGUUUCAUAAAAUCAGGUGUUUAUAAAGUACAUCUUCUUACUCAUUCCAGAGAAAGGCUAUAUAGCUGUGAUCAAUGCGGUAAAAAGUUUUUUAGGGCAGAUUUCCUUAAGGAUCACAUGAAAGUUCAUACAAAGGAGAAGCCUUACGUGUGUUCUUUGUGUGGAAAGAGUUUUAGUCAGAUGAGUACUUUAAAAUUGCACCAGAAAAGACACAGCGGUGUGAAGGAUCAUGUUUGCUCUGAAUGUGGUAAGGCUUUUUUUACGGAUGGUGCACUGAAAGUGCACAGGACAGUUCACACUAGAGAAACACCUUACAAGUGUUCACACUGUGACAAGAGCUUCAAACGCUCAGAAUAUCUGAGGAUACAUGAGAGGAUCCACACUGGAGAGAAGCCGUAUCACUGUCCUUCAUGUGGGAAGAGUUUCACUCAUUUUUCUUCUCUAACCGCGCAUAAAAAAAUUCACGUCUGAGAUUUUAUAGCAAUUACAGAGUAGUAGUUAGAGUUCUGAUCUGUAACGCUGCAUAAAACAAGUAUAUUGAGAAUUGAUUGAUCAAAGAUUAUUAGAACAAGUUAGAACUGAUUGUUGAUUAUUUCAGAAUAUUUUUUUUAAUCAUUUGUUCUAAUCAUUUUAUUAUUAUUAUUCAACCUUCCCCCCAUGGCCAUAUCCCACCUGAACAACUCACAACCUCUCACAGUACUGUACAUCUGUAAAUAACUUCAUCUGUAUAUAGCACAUAUACACAUUCACAGUUCUUUCAAUGGACAUUUUUGCUUUUUCUGUAUAUUUUUAUUACUGUUUUUAUUAAUAAUUUAUUGUCUAUUUUCUCUAGCAGUAGUGUUUUAUUAACAUAUUUUUAUGUAUCUUCUGCACUAUGUUUGCACUUGCUGUACUGGAAGCUCUUAACGCCAAGACAAAUUGCUGAUGUGUGUAAACACAAUUGGCAAUAAAGCUCUUUCUUAUUCUGA